AUUGAACGAGCAUGGCGCACAGCAACAGGUCACCGUGGUGCCGUCGCACACGCGAGGUACUGGAUGCUAACCCCGCAUCCACGACUAGACACCGACCAUCGCAGGCACCCCGAGUGAAAAUCUCACAGAAUGUAUGGUCUCGUGGCAUGCAAGAACUUCCCCUACUCAGCUGCUACUACCAUUCGCAUCCUCGCAAAAGUAUUUGCCGCCGGCUGGCCGCUCGUUCUCCCAUGUGCGACCUACCUGCUAGCCUAUAGAGCAGGUGUAAAGAUCCACGUCGUCACCACGGGCGUCGUGUGGUGCAGAGAAUGCACCAGCAGGGCAAUUCAGUGGAUCGCAUCCUUGCAUGCGAAGCUGUGGAAACCCAGACGCCCGCUGUUCUCUCGCUAUGCUGGCCCCGAGGAAGAGGCACGAUACUGGAAGACAUCGAUAGAAGCACAGAGAAGUCUGGAUGCGUCGAACGCGAAUACCACACCUCCGGACGUACCCCUCGUGCGGUACUAUGUCCCCAAGUCAUUGCCGCCGUACCGAGACAAAAUGGAGAGCAGAUCAGUCGACGAUGCGGAUGAGUAUCACAUAUCCCCAAAGACGUUCUGCAAAUGGCACCGUAUGGUGUUUCGUGGUCCGCUCCACCCCACGCUGAAGGAGGCAGCGAAGUUGAUGAAGAACUACAGCAGUCGCGAUCGCAGGGAGAUGCGGCGGAUCACAAGAAUGCUGACGGACGAAGAGGUCUUCCUGCACAAAAUUCCAUGGACGCCGGCAUAUCGAAAAAUCUGGCGACGAUGGCUCCAAACGAAGGGGCCAGACAUGGUGAUCGCGUUCGAAUGAGCAUUGCUUCGUGAGGCGGACAGGACACUUGCC